AUGGUCCCCGUCACACCUCACGAGGGAUCGGCCAUGAAAGAGCCGCCAACACCCCUAUCAGCUCUGCAUGCAUGCAGCUCGGCGUCGUCAUCCAACCCGCCGCUGUCCGAGAUCGGCGACGUCAAGCACGUGGUACGACUCGACAGCGCUGCGUCGCAUCACAUCGAUACGCUACCGACACCCAGUCAUACCCCACCAGCUUCGCCACCCUCCCUCGACUGGGUGAUGAGAGCCGCGACAGUCGUCGAUUCGGCUUCGAGUAUUCGCGAUGGCCCGCAACUACCUUCGUCAUCGACAUCGAUCGAACGGCCAUUGGAGACGACACCGCCACCUACGAACUAUGAAAGUAGCAACGAGCUGCUCCGGGCCCCACAGGAUCCGGGAUGGAGGACGAUCCGCGACUGGGGACGAACCAUAGCCGAUGAUGACUUUCGAGUCGGGGAGCGGACCAGGUCAGAGAUUGGAUCCGAGUCCGCGAGUCGGAAGAAGACUGGGACCCAACUCAUCCCGCUUGCAAAGCUCAUCAAGGCUGGCACCAUCGUGUUGAGAGGAUACGAACUCAGAAACUGCAACGGCUCAGCGAUGGUCGUGGACGAGGAUGGAUGGUUUCGGUUCGCGGCCGAAUCGGUCGUCAAGUUCGGCUCGGAUGACGCAGGUCCGACGACGAUGAUUGACGCUGACGGUUCUGAUGCCGGACCAUCGACAUCGACGAUCGUAUUCACCUCGAAGCUGCCGUAUGAUGGAUCGCUGCCUCCCGCGUCCCCAAAGCCGAUUCGAGCGAGAGCGAAGCGCAAGGCCAAACCACUUUGGACUCGACGGUCUUCCAAGAAGUCGAUCGAGAGUGCUACUUCAACAAGCCCAUCUGCGUUGCAGCAUGGCACUGGGGAUCCGCUCCUUGAAGAACUCCGCCUUUUAACAUCGGCACUUUUCUUGCGAGCGACUUGUCGGCCCCUCGAGGUCACUGACGGCGUAAGCGAUGUCGAAGGCGACGAACGGGUCGUGAUAUUCCGGAUAUACCUCGUUCCAGACGAUCUGGAGGAGCGCUUCAAUGAAACCUACACCAAAGGGCGAAGAGUUCGUCCGCCGUCGUCAGUCAUCUUGGAGUUCUUGCAGAAGAUCAAAGUGGGACAACGCGAAUGGGAUGGGUCAGUUGCCGGACACGAAGGAGGCGAUGGCCUUUUGGAUGAGAAAGUGAGUAUGGGCGACAUGGCGCAUCCGGGCCGGCGUACUUACUCAAUGGUAGUCGACCACUUCCCCUUUCCUACCACUAGGAUCAACGCUCAAUUUUGGAGCUCUAUCGAGCCGUCCGAGCACCACCGUCUGAUCCGAGCUUUAUCGAGACGCUACAAGAUGUCGAUCAACACACGUGCGAUCGGAUCCGCAACGCAAUGCUCGAGAAUCCGCUUGCGAUGAAGACCGAAAUGUUUCCCUAUCAGCGUGCUUCGUUGGCGAAGAUGCUCACCCGUGAGCUAGCCCCUCAGUGGUCAAUCGAUCCGGCCUACACAGUAAAGACCGAAGUGGGAAACAACGGCGCUGAGGAUAUGGGCGCAAAGUUUUACGUCUCGGUCGAAGGGAGGAUAUCGAAGCACCCCGUGUUUGUGCGCGAACCAAAGUCCGGCAUCUUGGCCGAAGACAUGGGGUCGGGCAAGACGUGCAUCUGCUUGGGCCUGAUCUUGGCGACCAAAGGCGAAUUGCCGAUCUUGGACGAGAACGUCGGCACUUGGUUGGACGGCGAGGAGGGAUCGCCUGCGCCCGUUGUCGUGAGCCAGUUGUCGAUGGGGUUCCCCUUCGAGACAGAGUUGUGAGUCAUGUUCGUGCGUUCUGCGCCUUGCUUCCAUGGGGGCUGAUGGCGGUGUUGCGUUGUAUAGGAAAGAGGCCCGCCGACUUCGCCCGCGGGUCCCUGAACCCUUACUCGCUUUAAGCGAGAUGGAUGCUGCCGACGUGCUCGAGUACGAAGAAGCGCUUCGCGUACAAGCAAUCCGCGAUGCUCGCGAAGAUGUCCUGCCGCCUGUACCGACGCUGCGGAUGCUGAUGAUCGACUACCUCAGCACAAUGCCCCGAGCGGUUCCCUAUCCCGUCGACGACGACAGGUUCGAAUCGCUGGGGAUUGCUGCCGAGAUCGCAAACUUCCCUCCGUUCUACUACGUGCACCCUUCGCCCGCCCAACUACAAUCUCGCCAAGGUCGGCAGAUUGGCUUCGGCGCGCGACGAUGCGCCAAAGAGACGUUCGGGCCGGAUGCCGGCAAAAUGCGGAUACAGGCGCAAGAAAUGAUGAUGACGCGAACCACGCUCGUCGUCGUCCCUGCCAUCUUGGUCAAGCAGUGGGAAACCGAGAUGGCGAAGCACCUGGUCCCGGGGGCUCUCAAGGUCAAGACGAUCAAGACUCCAAAAGACAGGAUGAUCACCGUCAAUGAAGUGAUGGCGUACGAUGUCGUCUUGAUGAGCAUCGCAAGGUUCUCGGAAGCCGCAGACGCCGGCGAUAAUGUCCUGAGGAAGAUUCACUGGAAGAGGUUGAUCGUCGACGAGGGCCAUGCGCUCAGCGGAGCGAACAAGAUGCGUGAUUUGGCGGAAGAGGUGAGCCAAUCCCAUCCGAUUGUGAAUACUGCAGAGUCUGAGCGUUGACCCGUCUCUUCGGUCUCCUCGAUUCUAGUUGAGAUGCGAAGCUCGCUGGGCUGUCUCGGGGACGCCGUCGGUCAACCUGCGCGCCGAGGCCGACACCCUUCCCACGGCAGCCUCAAAAUCGAGCGGCGCUUUUGCUGCCCUCGAUGUGCAUUCGGGGGGAAGCGAGCUCGACUACCGCCGACUUGGUCAGCUAUUCUCUCGAUUCUUGCGCCACCCGUCAUUUAGCAGAGUCGAGGAUUGGAGGAAGGUCAUGACCGUCCCCAUCCUUGAGCAUUCGCGCGGAGCGACGCGGUUGUCGAGGGUCUUUGAUGAGACCAUUGUCCGGAACCCGCUGGAGGUCGUAAGGCAGGUGGUACAGCUACCACCUCUGACAACUCGGGUCGUCUAUCUCGACAUGGAGGAGCUCGAGAGGAAGACCUACAAUGCUUUGCUGGCAUUGUUUGCAAACAAUUCCAUCCUCAGUCAGCGCACGGAUGUGAGUCCCUGACCUCGGUCCGCAUCUCCUCAGAAUCUGUGUACCAUACACUGACAGCGCUCUCGUGUCAUUCUUCAGAAAGACUACUUUUUCCACGAGUCCCAGAAAGGCGCUCUGAACGACCUCGUCUCCAACUUGUCCGCAUCGUCAUUCUUCUUCGCCUCCAGAGGACUCGUUUCACAAAUUAGGUUCACCAUCAAAUCCGCCCUCGACGAGGGUUUCACCACCGAAAAGGCCAAAAAGUUCUCUGACGAAGACCGACAGAGGCUCAAGCGCUCCAUCGAAGUGAUGCAGGAGGCUGUCGACGAUCCAAGAUGGUGUCACGUCGUCGAUGCUAUGUCCGUCGCUACAGUCGUUCGGGGUGUCGAUCGGAGCGUUGCCGAGAUGUUCCAAGGACUCCCUCUCUCUGGCGACGAAGAUAGCGGAGACCAUCUGAUGUCCCUCGGCUCGUUGAUCACGCUGCGCGGAGACUUGCAGGAGGUGCGAAUGCCCGACAUUGGGGCGUGGGAUGACGACGAGGAAUUACGCGAGGAACUUUUGACCUUCGAAGCGAAACGUUUGCGGGAAUCCAGUGCCGUAUCGGGGUCCAUCGAAGAUAUCCGAGCUAAAGAAGAGAGGAAGCGAUUGAACAAGGCCCGAAAGGUCGCACCGAGACCUCUGCGACCUCGACCUCUCCCGGCCGACUCUUCGUUCCGUAACGUGAGCAUGGGCCGGACCACUUCGGCCAAGCUCAAUCACGUGAUAUCCGAAUGCCGGCGGUAUGCUCAAGUAAAGUUUAUAAUCUUCUCGUGUACGCUCCCCGAUUUGGUUUUCGCGAUCCUGUCCGAAGCGUUCGACUUGGUCGGGAUCAAACAUAUGGUCUUUGCUGGGCACGCGAGAGGCGCGAAUCGUGGUACGAUGGCGCAGCAGUUCAACGAAUCCAGUGUCAAAGAGUGUCAGGCCAUCUUGGUGGAUGCUCGACUCGGUGGUCGGGGCCUCAAUUUGACGGCAGCAUCCCGGGUGGUGAUGCUCGAGCCUCUGUGGCAGCCAGGUGAGUGAUAUCUGCAGAGCUUUAGCAGAGUGUUCUGUGGCAGGCGACCGUGACGUAGGAAGCUGAUGGAUAUAGCUCUUGUUUCGCGUAUAGAUCUUGAGAUUCAAGCAAUCAAGCGAGCGCAUCGACUUGGGCAAACACGACCAGUCGACCUAUCAAUUCUCGUCGUGCGCGGAUCGUACGAGGACUCGCUACUUCAAAGGCGCAGUCAAUUAUCGGCGAACGAAAUUGGCGAGACGAAGUUGCCUCAAAGGGAUGAGAAGCUCAGAGGCGUACUUCAGAGCGCCGAGUAUCUCGAGCCACCCUCUGUGGCCGGGAGGGUGGACGAGAAAGGCAAAGGGCGGCAAGUCGAUGACGAGCGCACGUUCCUCUUUGGUCUUGACGACGACGACACUGAAAACGAAGUGCAGAUACUCGCCGAGGUAAAGAGUGGCCCCGUCUUCCGUCCGACGAUCGAGCAUGAGAAACGAGGGAAGGGUAGGGCCGAGAAGUUGGCAACACGAAAGAAGCGCUCGCUGAUUCCGUAUCCAACGUUCACCGACGAGCCGCACGCGCCAAAGAGGGCGAAAAAGUCGGUCCAGUUUGCUAUCAGUUAA